UGGCUUUGGCGGUUCUGUGUGUUUCGGCGCGGGUUGCCGCAGUUGCCGCGGGGACGUCGGCCUUUUGCAUCCCUCGUAGGAAUGGUGACGACGCCGUGUGACUUCUUCUUCGUCGUCGUGGUCGCCGCUCACGAUCGUGCUGUUUCGUGGCUGUGAAGAGAUCGCGACGCGAUGACACUGGCUCUGGAUUACGUUCGACCACGCGCGCUGUUGUCGUCGUCGGCUGAAGUCCGUGUGUGAUCCGUCUGGGAAGCGGUCAACAGACAAGGGCCCGACAUGUCCCUCAUCUGCCAGAACUUUGUCCAGAAUGCCUGGAAGAAGGACCUCUGCUCUAACUGCUUCAAAUCCCUCUCGGACCACACCGACCCACUGUCCCUCGCCGGGGACAGAUGCCUGCUCGAUCCGACCGUGAAGGAGGAGAACCAGAAGAACAGUGUCAUCUCGCAACUCGGGCACCAGCGCUACAUCUCCCAGGCCACCACCAUCUACGAAUCGCGCAGUCUUCUGUGCCACCCGACGUGGAAGUCAUGCUUGAUCCAGGACAACAACGACUCUUACGUGCUCCUUAAACGUCCCAAGGAUGUACGACAAGAAGAGGAACCCCCGGAGGAUACCUUCGAAAACGCCGUCCUGACGGCCAACGGCCUCACGCAGGGGAUUCUCAAGGUCAAGGACAAGGCGGCCCCGGGCGACCCGUCGCGCAAGAGCAGCAGCGUGGUCUUCAAAGAAGACCAGGUCCAGGUGAUCGGGUAUGGCGGAGACGACUACGACUCCGACGAGGGUAACUGGGAGAUGAGCUCCGACGACGAUGACCUGUCCUUGGACUCCUUAGACUCGACGGAGGAGGAAAAAGUGAUCACGAAGAUAACGAGGGAAAACACUGACUUCAACUCGCACAACGAAAACCUCCUGAGAGACGCGUUGGCCCUCCCCGUUCACGUGGAGGCCGAGAAUACCUCGGAAGAACCCGAAAAUAGCUCCGACACCGCCGAGUCACCCACGCCGUGGGGAGGGGCAGAGGAUCGCAGCCGUUCUCCCUGUGAGAUGUUCGUCGACGAAGUCGAUGGUGAACGGAGCGAACCGCCGCCGCAGGACCCCAAGGUGAUUGCGGCCACGCUGACAGACAGCGGGACCGCAGCCAUCUACGAGGCGAGGUCUUCGUUCUUACACAGCAUCACCCGGAGCCCGCCGUUGCCAUCUGCCGUCUACACGCCCGCGUCAGACCUGUUCAUUCAUCGUGGGAGCACGUCUUCAUCAUCGUCCUCCGAGGACGAAGUAAUUAAGCCGAAGCCCAAGCCUCAACUCAAGCCCAAGAUCCCCGUCAAGCCAGCGCACGUUGUCCACAAGGAACCAACGGCAGUGCACGCUGCAGUAGACUCCAAGGAAAUUGUCUGGGCGGAAAAAACGCCGCUAGCGGAAACUGAAUCCAGUACAGAGUCCAAGUCAGAAUUCAAAUGGGAGCUCAAGCCGGACAUCAAGUCAGAGCUCAAGUCCGAAUCUAAGCAGGAACCCAGGCUGGUGCCCAAGUUGGGAGUUGUUUCUAACGGCACAAAUGAACCUCAUCCGGUGGCGGAGUUUGAACGAACGGUUGUCUCCAAGCCAGACAAGCCCGAGGAGCGCAGUAUCUACUACGCAGUGUCAGAACCCUUUUCAUCGUCGCCUAAGGCGGAAGCGCGGAACCCCAACCUGCAUUUCUCGGAAGGCAACAUAUAUCAGGAAGUCAAGAGCUACCAGCAGCAGCAGCAGCAGCAACAACAACAACGCAGGACUCCCCAGGAUUCCAGCAAAGAGAUCAAGUUAGCUGCCCUCGCUGUGGAGCUAGAGCAGGCCCGCUACAACAAUAACGGUCCUUGCAAGCGACAAGCGCCAGCACCACCCAUGGAGAUUCCGGAGCAGUCAUCUCCACGCAACGACUCGCCUCCAGCAGCCAGCAAGAAACCUUCUUCCAAAGGCGCCAAGCACAAGUCGAACAACCUUUCGUCUGAAUGUUUGCAGCAGGAGGACGGUGGCAAGAACGGCAAGAAGGGCAUCUUCUCCUUCAAGAAGCUUCUGAAGAGGGGCAAGGACGGAACGACGAAUGGGGAUGAUCAGCCAGGCGAUUCGCCCAACAACCCAAAGGCUUGGAAGAAUGCGGACAGGACCCGGUUGCUGCUGCACAGACUGGACAUCCGGCACCCGAUGGACCUCGCCAUGUCGCCCAACGGAGAGCCCGCGUCCUCUCCGGCGUCUCCCGUCGUGUCGACGCCUCCGCCGCCCGUCCGCGUGCUGGAAGACGGGAUGUACGAGGGAGUUACCGUGGAGAAGUACGGGCCCGUGCCACUGCCCGCCGACUGCAAGAACGUGCAGCAGAUCUGGCCGCGUACCCCGAGUCCCGCCAGCUGGUCCCGAACCGGCGCCGACGAGAGUCCCGAACCGGUUCGGGAAUGUCCGGUCCAGUCCCCGUCUCCGGACACGAGACCGGGCAAGCCCCCACCUCCGCCACAGAGAUGCAAGAACAAUCAGUCACCGCCCAGGACACCUCCGAUGACAAAUUCAGACGCCAACGCUGCGAAGCCCGUCGUCCCUCGUCGCUUGUUCCGACCAAGCAUGAAGUCGGAGAAGUCCGACUACGCCAAUCUAGCGGACGACGUGCGAGAUUGGAUUUCGGGUUUUGUCUCUAAGAAAUUAGGUCACGUCCGGUCUCCGAUGGCCCCCAAGAAGCCCCACCGGUCAAGCUCGCUGGUGUCCAGCUCGGGCGAGAACAGCGGCGAAGAGGAGUCCUCGGCCGUGGCGGCCGACGACAACGCGUACGAAACCAUCGGGGUCCGACAUGCGACCGCCAUUGCCGGACCGCCUGCACCGUGCGCCGCUCAGGAGGAAGAACUGUACAGCAACGCAACGAGCGCGCUGGAAUCUGGACCACGAGGGGUCUCGAGUCCUGCUACCUGGACGAGUGGGAAGGGUGACAAGCCCCCUAGCGGUGUCCCCGUGGCGAAGACAUGCCCCGACCAGGGCCACAGGAAGUGGGAGUGGCACACACUCGAAUCCAGCUAUGCGGCCAUCACUGCCUCCGUCCAUGAGGCACUCUCCAAGUACCUCACGCACAUGUGCAAGUGCAGUCACUCCCUGCCCUGGGAAAGCAAGUCACGGGAGCUGCUCCGCUGGGAGGACUUCGAGGUGGGCAACCCGUCCACAGACAGCGGGCUCCUCGUCUAUCACGGAAACUACAGGGAAACCUCCAGCCCAGUCACACUGCUGGCAUUCGAGAAGUCCCGCCAGGUGACAGUCCAGGCGAUGGACCACCGGACGGUCUUGAGCUUUGUGGACAGCAGCAGAGACGCGCUUGUGGUGGUGCUGCCAAGGGGCACCGUGUCGUCCGUCGGCAACUGCAGCCUGCACACCAGCCCCCAGCAUGUGGCCUACAUCCUCCUUCAGCUCAUCAGCACGCUGGAAAGCCUACAGUGCUCUGGAGUCACCCGAGUGGACAGAACAAUCGAAAACUGCUGGUUGGCGCAGUGGGACGAACACCAGCCUCAACUUGUCUACCUCCACUGCAAAAGCGCGAGCGGAGCACCGACUCCGCACAGCUCGCAGCCGUCCUUCUGCCAGCACGUGCAAGCAACGCUGCUCCAACUGCUCCGCUGCUCCAAAGACAGCGACCUGUCCUCGCAGAGUGGCUUCAAGAUCUUCGGCAUCGUCAUGGAACUGUUGGUCGAGGAAAAACCGCAGGCACUCUCGUGGGCCAAGCUUCUGCUUCAGUAUUAUCUUUGGGCGCCGUGGGCACUGCUGAAGCGCAGCUGGCCCGCAGAGCUUACAAGUCAUCUUCAGCGCUGGCUGGACAUCGAGAGAGCCGGUCUCUGCAAGAGGCUGUCAAACAGGAUCCAUCUAGACAAUCUGCCAUGCAGUGUGUUCCUCGAGCAUCAAGCUGCGUUCCUGGUGAACGCUUCUGCGAGAUCGCUCGCGGAGACUUCGCUCUUGCUCAAUGACAAGGGCUACUUCAGAGUCCACGACCCUUGCACGGAGGAACUUUACCAGGACCGCAUGUUGACGCCCUUAUGAUGGGCUCGUGGGAUCCUUGUUUCGUAAUGUUAAUAGCCUGUUGUAAUUAUACCGACGAAGGCCCUCUUCCGUUUUCGCCAUUUUGUAGGCAUAAUUUUUGUCGACACGUUUUGGCACACCGACGACUAGGCCGGGAGACCGGCGUGUAGAAUAUUCUGACACUGUGUGCAACGUUUUUGGGCGGAUGUCGUCGCCUUCGCCAUUUUUAUUUAUCAUAAAUGAACUUAUGUUCUUGCUUUUUUUAAAACGACAAAAAUAAAAUAACAUUUGGGCACAAAA